GUGCACAGGCAGCGUGUGUCGCAGAGGAGAACACACACAGUGUCGGGUUCUGAGCCGUUGCCGAGGUGAUGAGCAGUAAUGAGUGUUUCGGUUGUGGCCGCAGUGGUCACUGGGUGAAGAACUGUCCAGGUGCGGGACGAGGGAAAGGUCGCGGAAGAGGCAAAGAUCUGUUCUGUUAUCGCUGUGGGGAGCUCGGACACGUCGCCAGAGACUGUGAAAGGACUGAGGACGCUUGUUAUAACUGCGGCAGAGGAGGUCACAUCUCCAGAGACUGCAAGGAGCCCAAGAAGGAGCGAGAGCAGCUGUGCUACAACUGUGGGAAGGCCGGGCACAUGGCCAGGGACUGCAACCACGCCCACGAGCAGAAGUGCUACUCCUGUGGCGGCUUCGGACACAUCCAGAAAUGCUGCGAGAAGGUCAAAUGCUACAGGUGUGGGGAGAUCGGCCAUGUUGCGGUGCACUGCAGCAAGGCGUCGGAGUUGAACUGCUAUAACUGUGGGAAGUCGGGUCACCUGGCCAAGGAGUGCACCAUCGAGGCAACCGCCUAGCCACCACACCCUUACCCUCUUUCACCUCUUCUUUCUUUCUCUUUAUUCAUUUCCUGUGGUCAUCCUCCUCUUCUGAUUGGCCAGGAGGCCUGUCAGUCAGCCUCACAGCAGCCAGUCAGAGCAGGCGGAGGAAGAAGAAGGGACGGACAUUAUGAAAAAAACCAAAAAAAACUCUGCUUUUCUAAGAGAAAAAAUAAUGGAUUUGUGUUUUUAGUUUGUGUUUUUUGGUAGCGGUGUCAUGAUGUGCAAAGCUUUGUUUUAGAAUCGUUUCUGCCCGGCCGAUUGGUUAGGAGAGCGGAGUGCAAAAAAUGUUUUGCUCCUCCCGGGGCGGCUUUUACGGAGGGAGAGAAAGUGUAAGAGGUCUUCUCUUUUAACGCAGUGAUUAACUUUAUUUUCUUGUUCUGGACAAAACCCAGUAUGUUGAAAGAAAUGUGAUUGGCCCCGCCUCCAGCAAACAGCCAAUCACUUUGCAGGUGCGGCCUCUGUUAUUACCACACAGGGAAACGAAUGAGCCAAUCAGAUCACGUCACAGCAGACAA